AUGGAUGAUGGCAAUAUCCGCGAGGGUCUCGGCAGUUUGAACCGAUGGUCGCAGUCAACAACCUCUAGCAGCCUCUCACCCAAUCUUGUAAGCCAUCGGCGCCAAGAGAGUGCGCCUAGAUUGCUCGCUACAGACAACCAUGCCUCUCACAAAAAGAUGUUAAGUUUAGAAAGCAACCCCCAGGCCCGUUUGUUCAGCCAGAUCGGUGAUGAAACCGGCAAGGAUGGCGGGCUUGCCAGACAUCAUACUUCCCAGUCAUCUACUGGAUGGGGUCAUAAGGAGAUAUCACUGUCAGAUCGACCAGAAAUAACCAUCUUAUCGAAAACCUCCACAAAUCUUACAGGCCCAUCUUCACUGCAGCAAGAACCCUCACCUUUUCAGUCCGCACCCCUACACCGCGAAGCACGAACACAAAUGCGCUUGCCGGAUAAAGGCCCGUUUGAACAGGUGCCAGGCGACUAUGUCACACAGACGUCAAUCCGGUCCCACAGCCAGAAUGAUAGACGGCGGCAAGGCCCUUCUCAAAAAGCCAUGCUUUCCAAGGCUCUACAAAAGGCAAAUACGGCUGUCCUUCUUGACAAUGCAGCAAACUUUGAAGGUGCCAUGGAGGCUUACAAUGAUGCAUGCCAGCUUCUACAAUUGGUGAUGCUCCGGAGUAAUGGUGGCGAGGAUGAAAGGAUCAAACUUCAGGAGAUUCGAGACACAUAUAUGAUCCGGGUCACUGAGCUUCAGCGUAUGGACGUUUCGUUUCGAAAUGUGGACAGCAAAGCGCUUCCCGAGCGCCCACUUAGUCAAGAAUCGUACGGCGAAUACAUCCCAAAUCUCCAGGAAGAUGAUUACAGCAGCAUUGCCAACGAAGAACCCGGGUUUCUGGGUCAAGAGAUGCUCGGCACUCGCGAGGCAGCCUCCGGUGGCCCAAGGACUUUCAUUAAGCCGCAUAUCCCUCCGAGGCGCCAGUCGUUGCUGCCAUCAGCUCUAGAUGACGGCUUCCGCAGUUCGCCUUUCUCGUCGGUAGUGAAAGGCCAGACGGAUAUCUCAAGACCCGUAGCUCAGGGACAGUUACUUGCACACAGGCGUGUAGAUUCCGAAACAGCCCCAGAAUUCUUGGAGGACCCGAUCUUGGAAGAAGGAAAACAUUCUCUUACCUCUCGGCUAUCCGAGCUAUCGAUCUUGAGCGCGCAGGUUCCGGAUCCUAACGAGUCAACUUCAUGGUUAGAUACUAUCGACGAAUCUGGAGGGUCGUCAUCAACGUCAUUGCGUUCAAAAGCAUCAUCCGUAUAUUUGCGCCGCAGACGAAGCACUGGCCUGAGUCACGGUACGGAAGCUGAGUUUGAUGCUGCUCUCGAUGCAGCCGUGGAAGCUGCGUACGAUGAGGGCUUCGAGCCCGCAAGUGGAUCCGAGGCGCAAGAAGAAGACGAAGAAAAUGAUGACGUCCUUGCAAAUGCCCGCCGCAAUGUUGAAUUAGCGAAGCAAAAGGUAAGGGAGGCCGAGCGAGAAGCGGAGGUGGCUAUGACACGGGGAAGUGAGCUGCGUCGUGCACAAGAGCAAGGCACAAUGGACGACGUCAAUGACACUGGGCUGGAUUAUCUUGAUGAGGAUGCAGAAGAGGAGGAGCGUUUACUGGAGGAGAUGACUAGGGGCUAUGUCAUGGAUGACUUCGAGUUUGAUCACCAAUCAAAGUCAGCACUUCCUCGGCAAUCUACCUUGAGUGGCCCCUCGAGGAACAUAUGGGAGAACCCCGCCAUUCUAAACUCCGUGGCAACAGGUGGAAUCUUACCACCUCUUGUGGAGGACGACACACUUCCUUCGGAACCGGCCUCAAUCCAGCAAGCAGAGCCUAGUAUUCCUCCUGAACCGUCACGACGAGCCUCCAGGUCAACGCCAGCACAAGGUGUGCGUGCGCGAAGAAUGUCAGGACAGAACAAGGUGGAAUUAAAAAUCGAGACAAACACUCAUUCAAGAUCUGGUUCUGGCUUGACCAAUUCAGACUUUUCCCGGCCAUUGAAUGCACGAAAGGUCUCGAUGUCGUCGGAGAAAGAUUCAAGCCUCGCAAACGGCAGUGUGGGAAUUGCCACCUCGGUACCUCACAAUGUCCAUCAAGCCAAAAGAAAUGUGUCGAUCGGCUCUGUUAAUGAAGACAUAUCGCCCAAAUUGAAGCUCGCAAGAGAAAUCACGGCAGUGGAGGAUGAUGAUACUGCGGGCGCCCCAAAAAUGCUUUCUCCGUCCCGCCCACCAAUCGGUAAGGUACCAUCAGCACCCGAUUAUUUGGGCAGGCCGCAUCCAGGCACCCUGUCUUUUCGGGCAAGAAACGUUUCAGUACCAAACCCAGAUGUGUAUACCGACUCGCCGGCCACGCCGUCGAUGAAUGCAUUUCCCACAUUGGAUCUUCAGAAAGAAAUUGCAACGACUUCGAUAAACGCCUUACCUACACCAAGCGCUAUGAAUUUCGCGUCAAGCGGGCUACCGAGUGAUGGCCUGUACUUGUUUGAUGAUUACAUCCAUUCACCAACCAGCCCUGGAUCGCCUAAUCCGCUUGCUGCUAACUCACCUCUCCCGCUAGAGCCCUGUCCUGAAUCUUUCCUCCUACGUCCGUUCUGGCUCAUGCGGUGUAUCUAUCAAACAAUCGCUCACCCACGUGGCGGAUACCUAUCAACAAAACUAUUCAUUCCUCGUGACGUCUGGCGUGUCAAGAACGUUAAAAUCAAAGCAGUGGAAGAAAAGGUCUCAAAUUGCGAUCUACUAACUGCAGCAUUGCUCAGGCUGUCCAAGGUGGAUACAUACGACGCCGAUGCUGUAUUGGAGGAGAUGCAAGCGCUUGAAAGUGUGCUUGAUCAGGUACAAAUAUCAUUAUCGAAAAAGGUCGGCAACGAAGUGGGGGUCCAGGGAGCUAUGCCUCUUUUCAAAUCUGCACAGACCCUUGACGAUGCCGCUGCUGUGGAUGCGCUACCUUCAAGGACGUCAAAUGGAUCAAGCAAGUCGUACCUGACCUCCUGGCGAAAAUUACGGUCCAAAAAUUCGGGCUUUAGUGCAACCACACUGUCCAGCUCAAAGGAAGCAAGUAAAGACCAUCUGACAUUAAGCUCAUUACCAAUGACCCCGAUACCGAAUGCCCAACAUGCCAGUCGGAAUAUAACCCAACUCCAGUUUAAUGGACCCAACGCGAAUUAUAUGAGCGCACUAGCCCGAUUAUGUGAUGCCGCUCAAGUAUUGGAUCAAAUUGCUCAACAAGUUGAAGAUCCAGGUUUGAAGCACUCUUCUCAGACACUUGUCGGGCUAGAACUUAGUACUCGCCACGCAGCCGAGUUUUUCGGCUUCUACAUAUGCCGGUUUGCUCUUAAUGACAUGGGCAUAAUGCUUGACAAGUUCAUCAAGAGGGGCAGUGAGUGGGUUCUUCUCUAG